GUGGAGUUGCUCUCAUAGCUGGGACUUCAGUACUUGUUGCUGCUGAAGCUGUGAUUGUAGGUCCAAUAAUUUUGGUUGGAGGAGCUGUAGCUCUGUUAGCAGUUGGUGGAAUAAUGAUACAUGACAAAAUAAAACGCAGGCAAACUGUCACAAGGAGAACUCCAGACCAGUCUUCUGAUCUGAGGAUUGUUCUGGUGGGCAAGACUGGAGCAGGGAAGAGUGCCACAGGAAACACCAUCCUGGGGAGAGAGCCCUUUGAAGUGUCUCCCUCCUUAAAGUCUGUUACUAUAAAGUGUAAGAAGGAAACAGGAGUGGUGAAUGGGAGAAAUGUAGAAGUGGUAGACACCCCAGGUGUUUUCGACACCUCGUUCUCACCAGAAAGGAUGAAAGAGGAGAUAGGCAGGUGUAUUUACAUGUCAUUUCCAGGUCCUCAUGUGUUUUUACUGGUGGUUAAACUGGGGGGGAGGUACACAGAGGAGGAAAGAAAUACUGUGAAGUGGAUCCAGGAGAACUUUGGAGAAGAAGCUACCACAUAUACCAUCUUUCUCUUCUCUCAUGGUGACCAGCUUAAAGGGGAAGAUGUAGCUGAAACCCUAAGAGAGUGCAAAGGGCUGCGAAAGCCUAUAGAUUCAUGUGGAGGCAGAUAUCACUGCUUCAACAAUGAUAAACUGGACCACACUCAGGUGGUUGAGUUGUUUGAAAAGAUAGACCAGAUGUUAGAGAUUAAUGGAGGAGAGCCCUACACCAAUGAGAUGUAUGAAGCUGCUCAGAGGAGGAUCAGAGAGGAGGAGGAGAGGAAGAGAGAGGAGGAAGAGGAGAGGAGGCAAGAGGAGGAGAGGAUGAGAGAGAAGGAGAGGAUGAGAGAGGAGGAAGAGAGGAGGAAGCAGGAGGAGACGAAAAAAAGUGAAAAGGUGAAUCUAUUACUAUCAGCUGGAACAGGUGCAGGUACAGCUGGGUUGGUAUCUGGGGCUAUUGCUCUUGGUGUUGCUGGAUCUGUGGUAGCAGGGCCUGUAAUUCUGGGAGCUGUAGUUGGGUAGCUGGUGGCGUGUUGUUACAUCGGAAAAUAAAAGAAGAAAAAGAGAAAAGGAACAAUAGACGAAGGCAAACUGAAACCGCUCCAAAUCCAGCAGAGUACCAUGAUUAACAAGAUCAGUCCGAGUAGUUGGUGUUCAGUUAUAGGCUGAACACCAACUACUAGGCAUAUUAUAGGCUAACUUUUGCCAUUAUUGUUUGGUCAUACUGCUUGAACUU